UUGAUUUUGUCUUUAUUUACUUAGGCUUUGGCCGCUAGCUGUCCGGCUAGCUGACGCUUCCGGUUGUUCUUUUCAACUUAGAAUCCCCAAUGUAACCGCAGCCUUUUAAAGUCAAGGUGUACUCUGUUUGUAGUUAACCUACCGAUAUAAGUAUAUGCAUUUUUAUUUGAUUUACGCGUGUGUACAUGUGGUUCUUAUUUUCCCCUUCCAUAUCUGAAGUGAUGUUGAAUGACGCAUUUAUUUAUGUUAUAUUUUGAAGUUCACCACUUCCGGUUCCGCGUUGUCAGCAUUGCAGCUUGACGCCGUUGUUUUGAAAACAGGACCGAGCAGCAGCAGCAGCGGCGGCGGAGCGACAGCGGCAUUGCGGUAUUUCAGCGCCGCGACCUCCGUCACGAAAAUUAUUUUUUCUCGCUCCUUUUACGUCGAUGGUUCACGUCGUUUUUAUGAAUUUGUAUUUAAAUAUUUUCCUCAUAACGGAAAAACGACCCCCCAGCCCCCCCUCAACUGAUGCAGACGUUUAACCACUGAAUGACAGCGUCGCUCUCCCGCUGGGAGGGCAGCUGGUGCGGGUCUCGGUGGUGGGGAGAGGGCGGAGGAGGAUGCCCUUGACUCGAGAGAGGAGGAGGACUUAAGGAGGUGAAGCGGACCUCCUCCACCACCACCUCCACAUUCUUUACAUUGCCGGUGGAGGUGUAGGUGACAUUGUGUUGUUCACCUGCAGCGGCGUCGGGGAUGCUGCAGAAAGCCCCCCCAACUUCAUUUCGUCCCUGGCGGCCAAGCACCAGCAGCAGCCCCGGCCCCGGAGCUCUCUAUGCCGGCCAGGCUGAGACCCGGCCCCGGCCUCUAUCUCCGGAUUACAUGUGCAUGACAAGAUAAACAAACCGCAGAGGCUGUGCUGCAGUUAAGCCGUGAGUCUGCUCUGGCUUUGCUUAUCUUUUUUUUGUUGCCUUUUUUGGAGGGUGGGGGUCUCUUUAGGUCACAGGGACUCUGUCUGUGGGAGCACAUGCAACUAUUAAUAAUACAUGGACUGGGAAGCACAGCUCAUGGACUGUAAAUGGAUGUCAGAUCAACCUGCUCUCACAAGUUUUGAUUUGAGCCAAAAUAUAUAAAUAACUAAAAUUGAAAUGACAACUCUGAAAAUGUCCUGAAAUAUCGCAUUUGUCUCACCGUUAAAGUGGAAUGAGAAAAAGUUAAAGCGAAUAAUGGACAAUUGGAAAUAACGACGAGUGGACGAGAAGAUGAAUGUGUGGACUGACUGAUCUACUUAUCCCACUUCUGUGCUGACCUGGACUUUUGCGCCACCUACUGUUAAUGUUAGUGAUCCAAGUGGACAGAAACACACAUACGUGAGCAUUUUCUUGCCUUUUUUUAAUCCCCUAAAGAGCGGCGGUAUUGACUGAAAAUAAUGGCAGACCACGAAGAAGAGGAGUUGUCCACGUCCCUUCAGAAAGACGACGGGGUUUCCAGUGAGCUUGAGGAUCCCAGCGCAAACUUUAAAACUGCAAUUUUGCCAGUAUUAAAUGAUGCUGAGCCACAGAAGGAAACCUUGCUCGCUAGUUCUGUGCAGCUGUCCAUAACAGCGGAAGAGAGUGCAGAAUUCAUCCAGCUCACGGCUAAAGCGGAGUCCUUCGAGGCAGAGUCCCCAACAAGAACUAACUACUUGCCCAAGUCGGGCAAGUCGGCGCUGAACAGACCAAGCUCGUACAUGGAGAACACGGAGAUCCGGAGGAGUAAAACCACAGUGAGAAGAAAACCCCCGGGGUUCUUUGCUUCCAGGGUAGCACAGAUCCGUCUGCCCUGCAGGAAGUACCUGGGUCUUAUCUUACAGGACUCCCGCUGCUUCCUGUUCUGCAUGUGCUACCUAACGUUCAUCCAGUCGCUCAUGGUGUCGGGCUACCUCAGCAGUGUCAUCACCACCAUCGAGAAGAGGUACAGCCUCAGGAGCUCUGAGUCGGGCCUGCUCGUCAGCUGUUUCGACAUCGGGAGCCUCCUUGUGGUCGUCUUCAUCAGCUACUUUGGUGGGAGGGGCCAGAGGCCUCGCUGGCUGGCAGUCGGUGGGGUCUUCAUUGCCGUGGGCGCCGCUCUCUUCUCCUUACCUCACUUCAUCUCCCCGCCCUACCAGAUUCAGGAAGUCAACUCGUCCUCUGCCAACGAGGGCCUGUGCAUGAACAGCAACACCAGCGGCAGGGACCGUGUCGACAUCACUUCCUGUCCCAGAGACCAGGAGGGCAACGAGCACAACCUCUAUGUGGCACUGUUCAUCAUCGCUCAGAUCCUGGUGGGCAUGGGAUCCACGCCCAUCUACACGCUGGGGCCCACCUACCUGGAUGACAACGUCAAGAAGGAGAACGCGUCGCUGUAUCUCGCCAUCAUGUAUGUGAUGGGAGCACUGGGCCCAGCGGCGGGUUACCUGCUGGGUGGAGUCCUCAUCGGCUUCUAUGUUGACCCCAAGACUGUCGUCAACAUUGACCAGAGCGACCCACGCUUCAUCGGCAACUGGUGGAGCGGGUUCCUGCUGUGUGCCGUGGCCAUGCUGCUCGUCAUCUUCCCCAUGUUCGCCUUCCCCAAGAAGCUGCCGCCCCGACACAAGAAGAAGAAGAGGAGGAAAAAGCUGAGCAUGGACGAUCUGUCCAGCGACGACGACGUCCUCAAGGAGAAGAGCAACAACAAGAGCCAGGCGGUCACCUCGUCCAUGGGCUUCGGCAAGGACAUUAAAGACCUUCCCAAAGCAGCAGUGAGGAUCCUCAGCAACGUCACCUUCCUCUUCGUCAGCUUGUCGUACACAGCAGAAAGCGCCAUCGUCACCGCUUUCAUCACCUUCAUCCCCAAAUUCAUCGAGUCACAGUUUGGGAUCCCGGCCUCCAACGCCAGCAUCUACACCGGUUUGAUCAUCGUGCCCAGCGCCGGCGUCGGAAUCGUCCUCGGCGGCUACAUCAUCAAGAAGCUGAAGCUGGGAGCGCGUGAGUCGGCUAAGCUCGCCAUGAUCUGCAGUGGCGUCUCUCUGCUCUGCUUCUCCACGCUGUUCAUCGUGGGCUGCGAGAGCAUCAACCUCGGAGGAAUCAACAUCCCCUACACCACCGGACCGACUCUGACCAUGACCCAGAGGAACCUGACCGGUGGCUGCAAUGUGAACUGCGGCUGUAAAAUCCACGAGUACGCUCCGGUCUGCGGCUCGGAUGGCAUCACGUACUUUAACCCGUGCCUGGCCGGCUGCAGCAGCGUGGCCAACGACAGCACGGGGAGUCGUAACUACUCAGACUGUGCCUGCGUCCAGAGUCGGCAGGUCAUCACGCCGUCGUCCGGCGGGCAGGGCGGCAACCAGCUGCAGCUCGUCAUCGUAAAAACUUACCUGAACGAGAAUGGCUACGCUGUGUCGGGGAAAUGCAACCGCGCCUGCGGCACCCUCAUUCCCUUCCUCAUCUUCCUCUUCAUUGUCACGCUCAUCACAGCGUGCGCUCAGCCCUCCGCCAUCAUCGUCACCCUCAGGUCUGUAGCGGAGCAGGAGAGGCCGUUUGCCCUGGGAAUGCAGUUUGUUCUCCUCCGGACGCUCGCCUACAUCCCAACACCGAUUUACUUUGGUGCCGUCAUCGACACCACCUGCAUGCUGUGGCAGCAGGACUGCGGUGUCCACGGCUCCUGCUGGGAGUAUGACGUCACCUCGCUGCGCUUCGUCUACUUCGGCCUCGCCGCCAGCCUCAAGUUCUUCGGAUUCCUCUUCAUCUUCCUCACCUGGUACUCCAUCAAGUACAAGGAGGAGCGGGUGGAGCGGUGGCUCAAGCGCCACCUGUCCCCCGUCGACACGGUCGGCAGCCUCGUUUGCCACCCGGGUGGCCACAAGGGCCACGCCCGCACACGCUCCUGCCCCGUCAACAUCCCACGAAGCGACCCCAACGCUCUGCCGGCUAACGGCCCGCUGCGCGCCGGCCCCCUCAACCGUGGCGUCAGCACCCAGAGUUGCCCUGGCAACGAGAUCAAGGGGUUGACUCCUCCCCCUCCGGCUGCACCGUCACCUGCGGCCACGCCCGCUCCAACGCCGGCCCGAUCACUGGAACGUGUUUCGGUCCGAGUCUGAGUUUUUUGGGGGGGUCAGCUGGAUUUUAGCUUGUGUUAAAGGCUCUGCCCAUCACAGGGAAGUCUGCCUCUCAUCUCCAAACUCAUGUUGGUUGGUUGAAAGCUCUAACUGCAGGUCAGAAACCACGAACUGGAGUUCCUGACUAACCCUGAACUUCUGGAACUGUUGAAUACUUGAACUAGUCUGGAGACUGUGCAGCCUGGAGACCCCGGCUCUGCUGCAGGACUUGGCAAAUCUCGUUGAAUAGUAAAAAACAUUUAAAGCGGCAGCCAGGUGUUUGUCUUUAUCGUCCACCAGCCGCCGCAGCAAGAAGACGGAAAGGCUUUUCUUCAUCACUAGUCACCACCACACCCUCCCUCACCCUCCCUCACCCGGCAAUACGUGCCUUCCAUUUCCACAGUAGUCACACCUCACGUGUAAAGAACAUAUACAGACGCACCUGUGUCACACCGGCACGACUCCAGCGCGGUUCUGGUUCCCGAAACCAAAUUUUUAACCGGCCAACGCGUUCACACCAAAACUAGAGGGGUUAACUUCCUGAGAAGCAACCAGCUUUGAAUUAGAAGAAGGAAGGACCUUGCUGCCACUGUCGAUGGUGGUGGAACUUUGCGUGAACGUGGACUGGUUUCAGAUGUCCAUGACAGAAACUAGAACCUGAUCGGAAACCGUGCCGGUGCCCGUCUCUGAGCGUAAUCUCAGAACUUGUCAGAAUAAACGUCACCUGAGCAGGUGACUCCUCCUCCUCCUGCCUCUUCACCUCACGCCUGUGUGCUGCUGCUUCUCCAUCUUUUUUUAAUUUCUUAAAUAUCGUGUGAGUGAUUUCUGUUUUACGAACUCUGCAUAUCAUCAACACUCAAAAAAAAAACAACAAAAAAGGAAAAACAACCAUGGAAAUGUGAGACACUGCGAUCGAGCAAGUGUUAAGAACUGGAAACCGAUGGCAUGGUGCUAUGUAAAAGAAAGAAAGAAAGAAAACGAUGUUUAGCAUCUGGUUUUUUUUUAGGGUUAAAAACUUUGAAAAGAGGUCACUGGGCUCAGCAGCUUUACUUUCCCGUGUGACGUAAAUCCUUUUCUUUUGUUGCUCUGCUGACACAAUGACAUGUAGUAUUAACACUGGAAGUCAGAUUGUUCCACACAAUCACAGCCUCCCCCACUGCCACCCACCCCGAUAAAGUGGUUUAACCUGAAAGACAAAAACCACAAAAUCCCAGCUGGAUCGGUCACUGAGGUCCAUUUGCAGGAUCCUGGAAGAAGUAGAAGAAGAAGAAAGAAGUAGAAGAAGAAGAAAGAAGAAGAAGCCGUGUUUGCUGAAGUUUUGGAUGUUGACAUUGUACUCACACAGUUAACACUUGAUGGAUGUGCCUGAUAAACAUGGCCUCUUUAAACAUAACAGUAUGUUGUGUUUGUGGAACGUCUGCCGAGUGGAAUAUCCUGAACCAAUCCUCAGCCCUAAUCUGCGUUGCUGAGCGACCGCGUAACGAUACGUUACGUUUGUUAUGGUCACAUUUUUAGCUACUUAUACAUCACGUUCAACAACGAGGAAACACAGCGAGCAUGAAAUAGCGUAACCGUAAUAUUUAGCGACACGUUGCGAGACUGCAUUAAAAGUACAGCAAGGUAUCUUCUGUGUGGAAAAUUACGUUCUUAACCGGUAUCGUUUCGGAAGAACCCGAUAAUGAAAAGAACAGGAGGAGCAGUUUGUGAACACUUGAAGUGUGGAACGUGAAAAUGAAAAACACGGUAGCAGCUUUUGCGCCGUUUGAGCGGAAUCACAGGGAAAAGCUGCCGAUCACCGCAACUAAUAAUUUUCUUUAAUUAUAUAACUACUAAUAUUUUUUUUUAUUUCUUUUCAAUUAAACUAUGAAUAAUUCCAAUAAAGGUUGCACAGUGAAGAGGAAAUGACCUCAAAGUGACAUUGACAACCGUGUUUUUGACCAAUCGCAUAACGUUCUUUUUUGUUAUUAUUUAGCCAUAAACGUAUUUUGGUAGAACCCUGGUAGAAAGAUUACCACUUAAUACGUAACGUUACAAUUUUUAGUAAUACGUAGGGUAUUAUGUUGCAUUCCAUUUACAUCAGAACUCGGAAGUUAGCUAGUGUCAGAGAAGUUGCUAGCCAGUCGUUAACCAUCUCUGUGGUAUUUGUCAGACAAAAGUGCUAUUACCAUUAAAAUUAGUGCGUGUUUGGAGGCAGCCGUCCCAGGAAUCCGAACCCAAUGUACGAGAAAAUUCCGAUGUUCUGAAUUAUGAUAAUAUCUUUUUUCUAAUGUACUAGCUUGGUAGCAAUGGAGGAAAUAACACGAUAAUAUUCCAGUAUUACAACGAGAGCUGCGUCGCAUUUCCACGUGUGUAAAAACGCCUGAGAUAACAUUCAUAUUGUCACGACGAGUGUUUUUGCGUUUCAUAACUUCACAACCUCCGACUUUCACAAGAUGUGAGUUUAAUCAAGUUGUGAUUCUUCACUUGACGUAAAAACAUCCUUAACAUAGUAAUUAGCUAAGUUUGAGUUUUUAGAAAUCUCGCAUAUUUGAUCGCCACAUGUAAAAUUCUGAGAUUAAAGUCUGUAUUAUGAGUUUAAAGUCCGAAUUCUGAGAUUAAAGUCCGAAUUCUGAGAUUAAAAUCCGAAUUCUGGAAAAAAAGUCAGAAUUCAGAUGAGAUUAAAAUCAGAAUUCAGAAUUUACAUGUGGCACUAAUACUCUUCCGUAUUAUCGGCUUUAGCUCCGACUGAUUUGAGGAAUUUUACUAGGUCAAAUAACUUUUCUUUAAAUGUUUUGCCAUUAAAACAACAUUUCUGCCUAAAAAACGCAGCUGAUUCAUCUGCCAAUCAUUAGCAUAGCCAUUGGCGUCAGUGCUCAAUAUCAUACAUUUCAGCAAUCCGAUCUUUUAAGCGACAAAAUUCACGCAGAAGUUAAAAAUACAACAAAAAACACUAGCAUCGGGAAUCAUGUUAUCACGGUUUUAUAGCGACUUCACCUGGGUUUAAAAAUCCGACUAAUUUUAGCGUGGAAGAGACUUUAGUGAAGUCUGAAUGUUAUCGUAGGUUCUGUAAAAAAAAAUCAAAAGAAAAGAAAAUCUGUCUUUGUGACAGCAGGGGGCACUUUACCUCUGUACACACAUAUAGAGUUUUUUAUUUUAAAUCAGUGUUAUAUUUAUUUCAGACGUACAGUCUUUUAAAGUGAACACACACUGGACAGAGAUGUCGUGGAAACGCGUGGACUCACACGUUCACACGUUCACACUCGUCUCUCACUCAUGUCAUGAAAACUCAUGAAAAUGUGAAUAAAAAUAAAAGAGUAUUACA